UUCUUAUCAUCAUUUGCCUAACAGAUAGCUAGACCACUAAUCAAGCCAUGGAAAUGAAUAUCGGAAGCCUGGAGUCGAAUACGGUUCAUUGUCAUGAAGAGGCCUUAUUGAGUGCAGGGGGCAUCGAAGAACAAUUGAGUGCAGAUUUAGACAGGAUUGACUUGGAUUUGGUGUAUUCUAAUGAGAAAUUGGUUAAUUUGCAUGUACUUUUGAUGCUUCUUUUGGGUUGGGACAACGGUCCGGAAGGGAUGGCCUUAGAGAAUAGUGACAUUUCAGCUCGGUUCAUCGAGAAGGCAUUGACAUUCGACCUUUUAUGUGGAAUUCUUGAUUCGGAGUUAAGGGAAAUUGAAACUUUCUUUAGUACCGUUCAGUCGGAGAUUGUUGAGGCUCGUCGUAAAACAUCUUCAUGCAUGCCUUCAGGAGCACAGAUUGAUGAAAUGGAUAAGAAGCUGCAUGAUUCGGAAGAAUCCAUGAAGAAGUGUCAAGGGAUUGUCUCGGAGGUGAAGUUUCUGUCGACCAAGCUGCAGGCUUCGUUUCCGUAUUUCAGAAACGAGAACUGGAAUAACAAUGAGGCUGUGGAUAUAUCCGAGCAAUAUCAGCUAUCGAACCUCAUCGGGAAAUACAAAGUGCAGACUGUUGAACAACAAAGACAAAUUCUAAGGUUGCUCGAUAGAUCACUCGCAAGGGAGCUAGAUCUCGAAAAGAAAUUAUCCAAGUCCGGACUAAACGAAGACCAAGUAAAGCUAAAGCUACAUUAUACCGAACAAGUCGCUCUUCGCAUGGAAGAGGCGGCCGAAGUCGUUUGGGGACGGUUUCUAGAGGCUGAGAAUGCUUCUGAGGUGCUCAUGGGAAUUUCGAAAGAACUGUUAGGUCGACUUCAGAUUGGUCAGUUUAACCUAAAUGGUUCGAUUCUACGAGAAGCUGAGCUCAAAUCUAAACUUGAAGGUUGCAUCGAAGAUUUGAACGUCAAAGAUAUUGCUUUAAAAAAGCUAGAGAUCAGCAACGCCGAACAUGCUGCAAAGGCUUCCGAAGUAUUGACAUUGAGAAAGAACAUGAAAUUACUUGAGGAACAGCUUAAAGAAUCCGAGCUACAACUGAAGAAAGCAAAUGCUUCCAAUGAAACGAGUCAAGAGCAUCUUCAGGAAAUGGAAAUUGUUAUCGAUUCACUAAAAGAAAGCCUUUAUGAAGCUGAAAACAGGGCCGAAAGUGCGGAAGCCAAGGUGUCGGAGUUAACAGAUACAAACCUGGAACUUACCGAAGAGUUGAAUUUCCUCAAAGGUAAUAACGAGAAAAGCACAAAGAAGGUGACCUCACUCGAAAAGCAGUUGAGGGAAUCGGAGAUUCAACUACAGCAUUCAAAAGCAUCAUCUGAAGCGAGUCAGGAGCAGCAAAACAUGCUUUACUCUGCAAUUUGGGAUAUGGAAAUUUUAAUCGAAGAUCUAAAAUCGAAAGUUUCGAAAGCUGAAAGUAGAACUGAUAGCAUGGAGGAGCAAUGCAUUAUAUUAUCCGAAUCUAACUCUGAAAUCAAUGACGAGCUAGGCAUCCUGAGGCAUAAAAUUGAAUGCUUGGAGACAUCUUUGAACCAAGCUCACAUCGAAAAAGACGCAAAUGCAAAACAAAUCAGUCAUCAGACCAAGCUAAUCACAGAUAUGGUUGCCCAACUAGCUUCAGAAAGAGAACGCAUUCAAAAACAGCUAUCUUCAUUAGUAAAUGAGAAGGAAAUAUUGAUGAAAAAGUUACAGAAUAAGGCAAAAGCCAACUCAACAGCAGUCUGUAACUCCGGAGAUGACGAUGGCGACGAAAUAUCUGUUCCGAAAAGUGAUUGGAGUACAAAACCAUUGGAGAAUGCAGUUCCCUCAGCCACAAGUGUACAGGUGGAUGAGCCAUCAAAAGAUGAAUCUCAUCACAGGAAAGCAGCUAAGCCAUUUGGCACCGGAACUGGCAGUGACACUAGCACUGUUCCGAGCAUGCAGGUAGUAGAAAAAGCAAAGACAGGCAACCUUAAACUGUCAUACAUGUUGAUAGUAAUUCUCAUUGCAUUAAUUUCUGCAUUAGCUAUGUAUUUUUCAAGAGUGAGAAACAGGUCAUCUUCGGUUAUUUUUCUGAAGACCAGCUGAAGCUAUGUUUUCCGGCACACAUUGUCCGGUGUUGUGUAU